AAGGGAACGAAAGCCGGUUCUCGUGGGCAUUCUGGGCGGCUGUGGGGCGAGGUCUCCGCAAAAAAGCCGCUUUUAGUCUUUGGGCGUCUCCGUUCACCUCGGCGGGGGUCUUCUUGUCCUUCGAGUGGGAGCUUCGGGGUUGCGGGAGGGGAAAAAAAGGGACGCGACGUUGACGAAGGGCCGCCGGGAAGCUCGGACGUUCGGCUGCUGCAGCUGCUGCCUCUUCGCCGCUUCCAGCUCCGCAACGGAACAGGGCUCAUUUACUGGAGUAGCUGUAAUACCCUUUGGAGUUAUUCUGUUUAGUCAUGGCGUCUUCUGACAUACAGGUGAAAGAACUAGAAAAGCGUGCUUCAGGUCAGGCAUUUGAAUUGAUACUUGGUCCUCCUCCAAAAGAAGCUGUUCCAGAAUUUCCUCUCUCUCCUCCAAAGAAAAAAGAUCUCUCAUUGGAAGAAAUUCAGAGGAAAUUGGAAGCUGCAGAAGAAAGACGAAAGUCCCAUGAAGCUGAAGUUUUGAAGCAACUAGCUGAAAAGCGAGAGCAUGAAAAAGAGGUGCUGCAGAAGGCAAUUGAAGAAAAUAACAACUUCAGCAAAAUGGCAGAGGAAAAGUUGACUCACAAAAUGGAAGCCAACAAAGAGAACAGAGAAGCACAAAUGGCUGCUAAACUGGAACGCUUGAGAGAGAAAGAUAAGCAUAUUGAAGAAGUACGAAAGAACAAAGAAGGAGGCAAAGAACCUGGUGAGAAUGAAAGCGACUGACUUCAUUCUGGAAACUAACUUCUCCCCUUUGUCUAAAUAUCCAAAGACUGUAUUGGCCAGUGUUUUUUUGUUAAGUUUCUAGAAACUGAUGUAGAGCUGUAUAGUUAGAUCUGACUGUACACUUGAUUUGGGGAAUUAGAGGGGAGCCCUUUCAUGUUCACUCUUUUUCUAAACUGUUGUCUUUCCAGUGUAGCUAUCUUGUUGCAUUUCUUCUAUUCCAGUGCAGUUGUUCCUGGAUUGAUGGCUAGUGCUAUGUUCAGCUCUGACAUUUUUGUGAACUGAAUAUGUAGUGUAAUGUUCAUGCUGAAUCUGUUACACUUCAGAAUAUGUCAGUCUUAAGAUAUUACUGUAACUAAGUGAUUUAAUAAAGCUGCACAAUGCUGUUAUCACAGGUGAGUGUUUUUGAAACUAGCAUUACUACAUAAGCAGUUCAAGCAUAUUUAUAGCUAGAAUAUUGGAAUGCAAUAUUAAAAUAUCUACAAAUUAUUCCUAAAUACAGUGGCAUAAUAUUCCUCAGUACUGUUUUCUGUGCAGUUGCCUAUUGUUCUAGGUUUACAAUAAGAGCUUUGUCUUCUACCUUAGCAGUUGUCAGCUGCUAUUUAUUCAGACAACCCAGAACCACCUCCCUUCUUGACUAUUCUAGUACUUGCAACAAAAACAAAUAAUUCUUUGUUAACAUAGGAUAAAUUCGAAGGGAUGAAGUCUCUCUUAAAAUUUAGGGUAUCUUCACAAUUAAGUUUAGAAAUAAAAACAGUUCUCCUUAAACAGCACAUAAAAAGGAAACUCUUACCUUGUAAAAACAAUAAAAAUCAUUGCACUUGUAGGUUCAAAGCUUAUUAGGUAAGAACAUUUGGUUCUGCUUUCACAAUUUGAUCUUAGAGAUACUGUUAAAGUAAGGCUAAGCUUUUCUCUAACAAUAUAUGCCAUCAAAAAUAUUUGUAUCUUGGGAUGAUGACAAAAGCCUGGCAUAGUAUCUGUUUAAUUUGUAUCAUUGUUGUAGAAUGGAUAUGGGAAUUAAAAGCGCCCUCAUGUGGCAAUAGUAUUGGUAACUAUAUAGUCAAGAAUGGUAUGUUGUAUACUGGAUUAUGUUGGAAAUAAAAGCAUACAUUUAAGCUUUAGGAACUCAAUGUUGCAAUUGGUUACUGCAGUUAAAAUACUUUUUCAACAUCUUUUAAGCUUUUAAAAGUAGUUUUCAUUAGCUGCAGUAAAGAGAAUUGAUUGGGUUAACUAAAAUUGUGUUUGUAGCCAUCUUACCUUGAUAUGAGAAACAUUUAUCUGAUAUUCUAUCCCCAGACCUUUGGAUGUUUAAUUAAAAUAUAUGAUUGGUGCCAAGUGGUUCAUGCUGUAAUUUUUAAUAGUUUAAACGUGAAACUGCUUCUGUGCAUGCCUGUGUUCAGAUAUAUGUGCUUGAUCUUCUUGCUCAUUUCAUCAAAAUAAUAAAAUUUAUAAUUACCAUA